CUGUGAAUCUGCACUAUAUUCUCCGGAGGAUUUGGUUUCACAUCGCUAGAGAUAAUUAUGAGUGUUAGCAUGGUUUCUAUUUGACUUAAAAAAUAUUUAAAACAUUUUGUAUUAGUUCAUUGAGCAUCAACUAAUGUAUGAGAAUAAUCUUUAUUGAAACAUCGUCAUUCUGAGGACUUUGACCACAAAACGCAGCGAAAAGAGGAACUAGAAUGUCACUAAAAAGUUUUCGAGUCUCCAGGAUGAUUCACAACCGAGAUGGAUUCAUUUCUGGUCUCUUUAUCAGCAUAUUUAUCUUGAUUCACCUCAGUGAAGGUCAGUCGCAGGAGCCGGUUUUGCCUCUGACAAUCAGAGCGAUGCCGGGGGACGACGUCGUCCUGCCGCAUCGUGUGGACCCUCCUCUGGACCCGACUCAGUUCACAGUGGAGUGGGGCAGGCCAGACCUAAAACCCAGAUUUGUGCAUGUUUGGCACAACCAGAAGGAAUAUUUAGCCGACCAAAACAAACUGUUCAAGGGAAGAACGUCGCUGUUCAAUGACAAACUGAAGGACGGAAACUUUUCUCUGAAGCUGUCUGAUGUGAGACACUCUGACAACGGAAGAUACAGAUGUUACAUCCCAAAAGAGAAAACAGAAUAUUUUAUCAAUCUUAUUGUUGGCUCCGUCUCCUCACCUGCUGUCAGUUUAUCUGGACUGGAUGUGAGCAGCAGUGGAGUGAUGCUGGACUGCAGCGCUGCAGGCUGGUAUCCAGAACCUGAGCUGCUCUGGCUGGACGCAGACGGAAACAUCAUGUCUGCUGGACCUGCAGAGAAAAGCUCCGAUCCUGAUGGCGUUUACACCGUUAGCAGCAGAGUGACUGUAGAGAAGAGAAACUACAACAACUUUACCUGCAGAGUCCAGCAGAGAGACAUCAACCAGAGCAGAGAGACACACAUUCAUGUUCCAGAUGAUUUCUUCAUUUAUGAGUCCAGCUGCUCCGUUUCUAUCAGCUUCAAUGUCAUUUUGGUCAUCAUGUUGGUUCUUGGAGUCGCUUUUAUGAUUUGGAUGAAGAAACAAAACAAAAAGAAAAACAAGAAGUUAAAGAAAGUCGCACAGAAAGUCAGUGAAGAUCAACAGAACCUCAUCACAGCAGCAAAACUAGAGGAGGAGAUAAAAAAGAGCAACAAGGAACAGAAAGUCAUUGAUCAGCAGAUUGAAGCAUUAAUGAAGAUGUCAGAGGAACUAAAGGAGCAGAAAAAACAACUUGAUGAUCAAACAUUGGAGGCAACAAAAACGAUGGAGGAGGAUGAGAAGAAGUUUAAGGUUAUUGAUGAUGAAAUAAACCAGACAGGAAACAUGAUGGAAAAAAAAGCAAAAGGAUAUUUAGAGCUGAAGACAAUUAUAAUGGAGAGCAAAGAGAAAAUGAUGAAGAUAAAGCAAAACCAUCAAGAAGUUGGAUUUAUGACAGAUAAACUAAUAAAGAAAACAAACGAUGAAAUUAAGAAACUGACGGAGAGAAAACAGGAGAUAGAAAAUCAUAAAAAUGAAAUAAAAAAACAACUUGGUCAAAAAGUGACAUAAGAGUAAAUCUGAUGUCAUGAGAGAAAUAAAUGAACUUUUCAUUUGUUCUGCAACAUUUUGAUGAAAGAAACAUUUCAUCAAGUUCAAACUCAGCAGAUUUACUGCAAACAUUGAGACUUUCUGUCACUAAAGUUUAGAUGUGGAUUCAGUGAAAAAACUGCAGCAAACUGAGAGGACAAAAUACUAACAGCACCAAAAAUAUGACAAUUUAUGACAAUCAACUUUAUGAACUUUGUAUUUACUAAAUUAAAUGAAAAAACUCAUGAAAUGUAUCUCAAAAUAAAUCAAUGACAAUUGUGUAAUUUGAUUUAUACUGAAUAAACUCACUGCUGGAAGGUUGUUUAAAUAAUGUUGAUUUUUUUCAAUGUAUCUUCUUAGUUAUAAAUAAAUCAUAUUUUGUUUUC